AUGUUGACUUUACAACUGUUCUUCGUAGCGCUAGCCGCUAUCUUUGUUCGUCUACUGUUCACCGGUAGAAGGCCCAAGAACUAUCCUCCUGGGCCUCCCACAUUGCCCAUUCUAGGGAACAUCCAUUUGAUGCCCAAGCGCGAUGCUCAUUUGCAGUUCCGCAAGUGGGCAGACGAGUAUGGACCAGUCUACAGCCUGAUCCUUGGCACCAAGCCCUUCAUCGUCUUAUCCAGCGCUCAAGCCGUCAAGGAUCUUCUCGAUAAGAAGAGCGCUCUGUACUCUGAUCGGCAGGAGAUGUAUGUUGGGCAGAUCCUUGGUAGCGGCGGACUCCGACUCUUGAUGAUGGGCUAUGGUCAAACUUGGCGAUCAUUCCGCAAGCUCGUCCACUCCCUCCUCAACGUAACAGCAGCCAAAAGCUACGUCCCUUACCAAGACCUCGAAAACAAACAAAUGCUCUACGAACUAGUCACCCAACCAGACCAAUUCCUCCAGAGCAUUCGCCGCUACUCCAACGCGCUUACAACAACCAUGGUCUUCGGCUGGCGCUCACCAAUCUACCACGAUCCCAAACUAGAGCAACUCUUCAACGGCUUUGCCGAAUUCGCAGAGAUCAAUCAAACCGGCAUCGCCGCGCUCCUCGAUGCUUUCCCUGUUAUUAGGAAGCUGCCUGACUUUUUACUGCCGGUGCAGAAGAAGGCUAAGGAGCUUCAUAAGAAAGAGAAGGAUUUGUAUUUGAGUCAUUGGCUUAAGGCGAAGAAGGAUAUCGCUGCGGGGACUAUCAAGCCGUGUUUCUGUGUGGGCUUGGCUGAGGCGCAGGAGAAGGGUGGUUUUGAUGAUGAUCAGGCUGCUUAUAUUUCUGGAACGUUGCUCGAGGCUGGCUCUGAUACGACGUCUAGUACUCUCUACGCUUUUGUUCAAGCUAUGCUUCUGUAUCCGGAAGUGCAGCGCAAGGCCCAAGAGGAGAUUGACAAGGUCGUUGGUCGGGACCGGAUGCCUACCAUGGACGACGAGGUGGAUUUGCAGUACAUUCGCGCCUGCAUGAAGGAGACACUCCGAUGGAUGCCGACUACCAUCCUUGGAGCAGUCCCUCACGCAGUCACACAAGACGAUAUCUAUAACGGCUAUCUCAUCCCCAAAGGAGCAGGCGUCCUCAACAACGUAUGGGGAAUCCACAUGGAUCCCGAGCGCCACCUCAACCCUCGCCAAUUCAAUCCAGAGCGCUACAUCGACGACUUGCAAAGCCUAGCAGACGCCGCAGCGAACCCAGACGCCUCGAAGCGAGAUCAGUUCACUUUCGGUGCGGGUCGACGAAUUUGUCCCGGGAUUCAUGUCGCGGAACGAAGUUUGUUCUUGGGCAUGUCGCGAAUAUUAUGGGCGUUCAAUAUCGAGCCUACGCUUGAUGAGAAAGGUAUGCCUGUGUUGCCUGAUGCGGAUAGGUUGACGCAGGGUUUUGUGUGUAUGCCAGAAGAGUUUCCAGCAAAGAUCGUGCCGAGAUCGAGCGAGAAGAGGGAUUUGGUUGUUAAGAGUUGGAAGCAGGCUGAGAAGGAGGUGCUUGAUCCUGAGACAAAGCAGUGGCUUGCUAUUGUUGUGUUUGCGGCAACCGAAGCGCGCAUUUUACAUCUUCAACCAGAGAACACCAGCAACCCAAACCACCCUGUAGAAGAUCUCUCCGAAACACCCCAUUUCUACGGUACAAACCCCGUGUACAGUGUAUCUUCAGUCAACAUGAACAAGCUCGUCGACAACUUCUGGGAGUGGGCGCUCGGGGACGCUCCUCGAACCCCCGUGCCGUACCAUGACGACGACGACCUCGAAUGGGUCACGGCAGUUAUACCUAUGGUUGUCACACAGUCCAUGAUGUAUUACUCAGGCGAAGCCGCGAUGAAACAUAUCGGGCCCAGACUUGGACCCGACUGGGACAAGUUCAAAGCCACCGACUUGCGACAAUUCUGGUAUCUCUUAUGA